UUUUUUUUUUUUUUUCUCUAAUCACUUUCUCGAUUAAUCUGCGAGUGCAACUGCCCUUGUCAUUAUGGGCUGUUGCGGGAGUAAAGAAGAACGUAAUGAGGACGAUGUCAACGCGCCAUUACUGAGCGAACCUUCCAAUGGCGAAAAUCGAAUGAACUACCAGACCUAUGAAAUUAUUGAUGUCCAGAAAGAGCAAGAAUUUUGGAACAAUGUGAUAGAACGCACAACACGAAACCUUAUAGAUAUAUCGAGUUCGCAAGCUGAUCCGCUGCAGAGAGCAGAUAUUCAGGAACGUGUCGACAAGUAUCGCGAUUUGCUGGAUCAAAUUACCGAGCCCGUCAACACCAAACCAUCCAAACAACAGCAACAACAGCAGCAACAACAGCUGAUACGGCCUGUCGAGCACGCCUCACCCUUUGAAUUACUAUCCAACGCCAAGCCAAACGGUGGUUUAUCCGAGGACGAACUAGACUCGCUUUAUCAAACGAUGAACGAAAUCUACGAUACCUUGCAAUGUAUCAAAGUUGAACCUGUCGGCAAUAUGGUCGUCAAUCUCACACUUAACGAUAACUCUGUCCGCGCUUCCUAAUCUCUUCAUCCAUCCAUUUCAAGCCUUGCUUUUAUCUUUUUUUCUCGUUGGAAAAAGAAGGGAAAAAAGAAAAAGGAAAAAAAACAAGUACUCUCAUGCUAAAAUAAAUAUGAAUAUCCCACC